AUGGGUCAUGUUAGUGGUGUAUAUUAUAAAUAUGUUCCUAAUACAGGAGAGUGUUCGUCAACAAUUGAACAAAAGACCAUUGCAGGUGCUAUUUAUUAUGCCUUAAAUCUAGUUGAAGGAGGAGAUUACCUUUGUAAUGUGUAUUAUUUCACUAUGAAUCACUUUGGGACUUGGCAUGGUAUACUUUAUGUCGGCCCUGGUAUAACAACUUGGGGAGCAACUACUGCGAAUGCACAAAGUAAAGGAUGUUAUAGUGAAGGAUGUGAUGGAUUAAUAAGUCCAUAUUCCUGUAAUAGUAAAGACGAUGGUAACUAA